AUGUACCUGAGACAGUUUGGAUAUCUAGAUACUCCACUGAACCCAGAAGCUCAAAGAGAUUCCAGUGAGCGGGCUAUGAAAGUGGCUCUCAGUCUCUUUCAAGGGGUGUCAGGGCUGCCAGUCACUGGAAAUCUUGACCGAGCUACUCUUCUUAAAAUGAGGCAGCCGCGAUGUGGUGUUGAGGACCCCUUCAACCAAAAGUCUUUAAAAUACAGGCGAUUUGGUGGAUUUUGGAGAAAGAAAAACUUAACAUAUCGCAUUUACAACUACACACCAGACAUGGGGAAAACUGCAACACAGACAGCCAUACGCUCAGCAUUUAAAUACUGGAGUGAUGUCACCCCACUCAUCUUUAAAGAGAUUAACUAUGGACCUGCUGAUAUUCAAAUCUCAUUUCACAAGAGAGUUGGGUGUCCUUCACCUUUUGAUGGUCCUGGCCAUGUUCUUGCACACGCUGAAGCCCCUCCAUCAGGAAUAGUUCACUUUGAUGAAGAUGAAUUUUGGACUGAAGGGAAGUAUUAUGGUUCCAAUCUGCGUAUUGUUGCGGCUCAUGAGAUUGGGCAUGCUCUAGGCUUGGGGCAUUCUCAGUACAGCAGUGCUCUUAUGGCAGCACACUACACUGGUUACCAAGCUGAUUUUAAACUGCACAUUGAUGAUAUCAGAGGAAUCCAAGCCAUAUAUGGUAAAAGGAUCUUUACUACAACCACUGCUGAUGAUAUCUAUGCCGUGACGAAUCCCACUGCCAUAGCUCCAUUCCCCAGGGGUGAUAUGCUAGAUCCAUGCACUGCUAAACUUGAUGCUAUAAUGCUGGGUCCCUCACGUAAGACGUAUGCUUUUAGUGGGGAUUAUGUGUGGACAAUUACAGAUAUGGGCCAUAACUCUCCAGUAAAAAUAAGUUUGCUAUGGAAGGGGCUACCAGGAAACCUGAAUGCAGCUGUAUAUUCCCCGAGAACCAACAAGACAUACUUCUUUAAAGGUGAAAAAGUCUGGAGGUUCACAAAUAACCGCCUUGACUAUAGAUACCCCAAACCACUAAAAAGAAUCCCUGCCAACAUUGACGCUGCAUUGUAUUAUGAGAAGAACAAGAACAUUUUCUUCUUUAAGGGCUCAGGCUAUUGGCAGUGGGAUGAAAUGGUUUAUAAUGACCUCAGCAUUUAUCCCAAACCCAUUUCCCGUCUGUUUAUUGGCAUCCCAUCAUAUCCUGAUGCAGCUUUGACAUGGACCAAUGGGAAGAUGUAUUUCUUCAAAGGUGACAAGUACUGGCGCUUAAAUGAGCAAUUAAUUGUUGAUUCUGGAUACCCACUCAGCAAACGUGUCCGUUGGAUGAGGUGCAACUAA